UAACAGUAAAAAAAACAAAAAAAAACUAAAAAAAAAAAAAGUAAUAACAGAAUGGAAAAUGAACAAGAUGAGCUCAGACAUAGACAUAUGCAGGAACAACAUCGAAAUCAGCAUCAGGGUUACUCUGAUGUAAUGCUGCAGGUUGCAGCUGAGCGAGAGCGACAGCGCUUACCGUACACGGUGUACUUUGAACCCACAGCACGCGAGACGCAGUCCACAAGUUAUAUGCAAUUGACGCAUGAAUUUUUGCAAAGAUCAAAUGCCAUAUUGGCACAGCAAACCACAGCUAGCAGUCAGAAUCACAAUCACAGUGUGGAGUCGGCUGGCACGGAGGGCACCGGCUACGUGCCCAUGUUUGAGUAUCAGUCAGCACCAAGAUCCACACAUCGCGAGGCAUAUGCAGAGCCAGCGCCUCAUGCCAGCAAAUGCAACAAAUGUAAUGCUAUACGGGAAGUAUGUCACUGCCCACGGGCGAUGACGCCGUCAAUGGAGCAUGUGCAUUCCACACAGUCAAGUGAUAAUAAUGCCGGCGCGGCGCCAACACAGUUCUUUGAGCUCUCUUCGUCAACAACUGCUGCCACGCCCACACUAUCAGCUGCAUUAAACAGUAGCAGCAGCAGCAGCAGCAAUAGUAGUAGCGUUAGCGCAACUGCGGCGCAGUUCAUUCCAAAUCGUAAGCAACAUAAGACUGAAACUGACAACGCUAUGCAUGCCUAUGCAGCGGAUCAACAGUUGCAGGAAGAGGAGCAAGAGGAACAAGCACAACCAUCUAGAGGAAUUUGGCCCGCAGCUAUGGAUGAUCAUGCUGUGGAUGCCUCAAUCGGAACCUAUGAGAUGCCGCUUUUUGCACUAUUAAGGUCCAAUGCAAGUAACAAUAGCAGCUCAUUUGAAGCCAGCAGCAGCAAUAAUAAUAAUAAUCAAGUGAUGUCUACAAAUCAGAAUGUCACUGGCUACGAUGAUGUGACAUCGAGUGCAUCAGACACAGAACAUGUGCAGUUUGCAAAUACGCGCACCACCAAUACAACCACUACAACAUCGGCGGCGCCGCAAAAGAAGAAACAACAAAAUCGCACACGCAACGCAGCAACAUCAACAGGAGCAGCGGUUGCUGAUGCUUCCAGCACCAGUUCAAGCGCAGCGGUUAUUGAUCUAGAUGCCACGCCUAGUACUAGCGCACAGGCUCAGCAGCAGCAGCAGCAACAGCAGCAAGCAUAUCACGCAUAUCGACCUAGACGCCACAACAACAACAGCAGCAGCAGCAGCAGAAGCAACAAUGCCAAUAGCAGCAGCAACAGCAUUUACGAACUGGAACCUAUUGGCGAUAAUAGCCACGAUGACGGCUGGGAUCUACGCACGCACGGCGAUGCUUUGGAUGCUCGUCAUGCUGAUCAUACUUAUUAUAAUAGUCGCGGCUAUAUUAGCGAUUUAUAUGCCGAAACGAACAGCGAUAAUAAUUAUACGCAUGUCGGUCCAACGUCUGCAUCUUGUAGCACCGCUACGCACACCACUUGUAGCUUAGACUACGGGGCUCGUGAGCUUUGUGGCGUGCAUCGUUUGAGCAUAGACAAUGGCAACAUUAACGUAGCGGAGCAACAACAACAGCAGCAACACCGGCAACAGCGUUCGGCAGCGUUGCUUAAAGCUCGUUUUAAUGCUGGGUUGGGCAGCGGUAUUGUACGCACGCGUGCACGUGUACGUUCCAUGGAUGAGGCCAUCCCUGGCAGUAGCAGCAAUUGUGCUGGUCAGCCGGUGAGUAAAUUGCCGCGCCUGGAUUCAUCGCCAAGCAUGCGCAGCAUUUCGAAUCUAUCCCCAACCAAUUUUUAUGCAUUCGAGCCGGGACGCCAUCAACAUCGCACAUAUGCUGAGCUGGCGAGCACAAGCGGUAAUCGGGAACGUGAGGCAUCUGCACAACAGCAACAGCAACAGCAACAACAACAGCAGCAACAACAACAGCAGCAACAACAAAAGCAGCAUCGGCAGCAACCAUCAAGCAGUGGUUCUUGUGUAAUUACAUACGUGGGUAGACCACGUGAAGUUGAAACCAGGUCAUCAGCGCCACAGCAGCAGCAAUCGACUGUCACCCGCUCCACCUCAACAGGCAGACGAGCAACGCAUGCCAAUGCGGUUUUAACUGCACCUGAUUUGCAGCUAGAUGAUUGGUCAUCAGAUUCAAAUGGCGAGGAUGAUGAUGUUGUCUUUGUGCAUUCUACACGCGAGCCAAUACUUUCUAUAGAUCUAACGUCGGACGAUGAUGGUUUUGGUGGCAGUAAUGAAGCGGCACUGCAGCAGCAGCACCAGCAGUUGCAACAACAGCAGCAGCAGCAGCAACAACAACAGCAGCAGCAACAACAACAACAGCAGCAGCAGUUGCAACAACAGGAGCAACAACAGUUACAGCAACAACAAGCUCAACGUCGCCGCGAGCAACCCUUGGCGAAUAGUCGCGCUGCUGGCAAUAUAAACAUGCUUCCACGUCCCAGUUCUGCCAGUGAAUACGAUAAUCGACGUCGUCGCCCGGCCGCUGGAACCUCGUUUGCAUUUUACAGCGGCGGAUUGCCAGAUCGCGCGUCCAUCAGCGAUCACAAUUAUAGCACCUAUGAUCAUAAUGCGGCGCAGGCGCCGCUUAAUUCUUUCCGUGAUCUGAUGGAUGCUGUGUACCCACAUAUGGACGGUGUGAUAACGGCUCACUCUCAGCGCUACUUCCAACCCAUAACACCGCCACCCAUUUGGCAUUUUUCGGCAGCGCCGCCGCCUCCACCACAAGCUCAAUCGCCACGCAGCAGCACAGUUAACUAUUGGCGUGUGCCACGCGGCAACCACACGGCCACAAAUGUUGCAGCAAACGCGGCACCAGCCCCGACACCACAACAGUCGCCGCCUGAGCUACCAAGUGGACGCAGCAGUCCGGCUGCUUACUACCAUCGCUAUCAGCCGUAUUAUGUUCCGCAUUAUACUAUAACAGCGUUGCCCGCCACUCGCAGCAGCGGUGGAAGCUACUCGCCGGUGCCACCAAAUCCACAUUACCAAGGCGGUCUUAGCAAUGCCAACGGCAGCAGUCGCAGCUCGCUUAGCGGCGCCAUGAAUGCUGCUGCUGUAGCAGCGACAGUGGCUGCGGCACAAGCGCAAUCCUUUCACGAUCUCAUCUCACUGAGCAAUGUGCCAAGCAGCAGCUCGCCGCUAGCCAAUAUCGAGAGCAAUAACAAUGUCGAUGAUGUUUAUCAUCGCACACAAACGAUCAAUAUGUUGCGGCGCGCCACGCCACCCGUGCCCACUGCUGCAGCAGCACCUGUGAUGUCUACCAUAGUAACGGUGGCGGCCGCUGUGUCACCACCACCUCCACUGGAAAUGUACUCCGGACGCAGCACCAUGCCAUAUUGUGGCUCACCCCCAUUUAAUGUGCGUCGUUCCGAGGCGUACAACAAUCAGCGUCAGCAUUAUCAGCCGCAACCGCAUCAAGGUCAUCCUGCGCCGCAGAAUCAAAUGCAUGCACAUAUACAUCCACCACAUCGAGCUAGCGCUAUAGUGGCUACGUCGUUGACACCAGCGCCGCCAUAUCCAGUGCAUCAGAAUCUUUGGUAUCGUCAACAGAGCAUGCAGGAGCUGCAUCGCCGUCAUAUGACGCCCACGCCUAUUGAUCUAUCAUCGAAUCCAUUGAAUUUGACCAGCACUCUGCGUACACGCUAUCUGCACAGCAUUUGCAAUUGUGUGCAUGCACGCAAUGGCCCUGUGUCCAGCCUUGAUCCCGCCUAUUAUCCAACCUAUGAUGCUGUUGUGCAGCAACAAUCUGGCUCAGCGGCUGCUGGCGUGCCCGAUGAUCUGCCAGCGCCCAUUGAUGCACAUCAGCCUUUACCGCCGCCACCGCCCCACUUAGGACUGCAGUAUCAGGGACAACAGCACCCUUCGCAGCCGCCACCGCAACAUCAACAGCAGCAACAGCAGCAACGUCGACGUGCUGCAGUGCAUCAUCAUAUGUUCCAUCAUUACUCACCACUGCAUUUAGAAAUUGGACUGGCGACACCGCUGUCACUAGGCUCGUCGCGUAUACUAAUUGGACCACCACGUCCGAAUCGUGGUGCCACGCUGGAGAUUAUUGAGCGCAACACUUUGCCGCAUAAAUAUAGACGCGUUCGUCGGCCUAGCGAAAGCGACGAGGAUGCCGAAAAGUGUGCCAUCUGCCUGUCGCUCUUUGAGAUUGAAAACGAUGUGCGUCGCUUGCCUUGCAUGCAUCUUUUUCAUACCGACUGCGUAGAUCAGUGGCUGGUCACAAACAAACACUGCCCUAUUUGUCGUGUCGACAUCGAAACGCACAUGGCAAAGGAUGCACUGGUGCCGAGCUCAAGUGGUGUCGCUGCUGCAACGGCUGCUGGAACUGCUGCUUUAUGACAUUGUAUGCAUGGCAUAUCCUUUAUGUAAAGAAGUAAACGUCGCCAGUCAGCUUUUACGGAGACAGAGUUUGUAGAGUUCGUCGCAACAAAAAACAACAAAGGAAUUUCUUUUAUUAGUAAUAAUGCAAGAAAUGAAAAGAAAAUUAUUUUAGUGCAGCCAGAUGUAAUUGUUAACCCACCAACUGGCCAAGCAAAAUUUAUGCAUUGCGUUUAUCUUUGAAAACUCAAAACAACUUUGGCUCAAUCUCAACAUAUAUUGUAUACAUAUAUACACACAUAAGCUAUUUAAAAUAUUUUUUCCUCUUUGUAUACAAAUUUAUGUCCAUGUUUUGUGAAACCAAAUUCUUGUGAUUACAACGCAUAUUACACACAUACUAUUGUACAUGUAUGUAUCAACGUAUUCUUAAACUAAUGUAAAAACCGCCUCCCCGCAGUUACAUUUACUCUCUGUCCCCCGUAUACUGCAAUUGUUAUUGUAAGCGCAUAUUUUACAAUUAAUUACCAAAUUAUAAAGUACUAUGGUAUCCGAAAAUUAAGAUUUUUUUUUACCCA